AUGCAGCCGAGCGGCCGCGAAAUGCAGGGCGGCGGGCAGGACGACUUCUUCGACCAGAUGCUGUCCACGCUGCCGGCCGCGUGGUCCGACCUCGGCUCCGGCAAGUCGCCCUGGGAACUCCCCGCGGGGGCGGGGGCCGUCCCCGAGGACGCCGCCGCGUACGACGAAGCCACGCUCCUCGCCUCGCGCCUCCGCCACCACCAGAUCAGCGGCGGGGAGAAGCCCCUCAUGCUCCACCUCAGCGACCUGCACGGCCUCGGCGGGGGAGGGGGCGGCGACGACGCGGGGUUCAUGCCGCUGCCGCUCUUCACUGACCGCGCCAGGGACGACAUGGACGCCGCCUUCAAGUCCCCCAAUGCCGCCGGAACCGACCAGGCGCUGUACAACGGGUUCGGAGCCGCUGCGAUGCAUGCCGCCGCCGCCGCCGCCGCCGCCGUGCAUCAGCCGCCGUUCGGGCAGGGCGGGUCAAUGCCAGCGGCGCAGAGCUUCGGGGGAGGCGCGCCGGCCGCCGGAGCGGCGUCGGGCGGAGGAGGAGGGGCCGCGCCGCCGCGGCAGCAGCGCCAGCGGGCCAAGAGGGGGCAAGCCACUGACCCUCACAGCAUCGCCGAACGUCUCCGGAGGGAGAGGAUAGCGGAGAGGAUGAAGGCGUUGCAGGAGCUGGUCCCUAACGCCAACAAGACCGACAAGGCAUCGAUGCUUGACGAGAUCAUUGAUUAUGUGAAGUUCCUCCAGCUCCAAGUCAAGGUUCUUAGCAUGAGCCGAUUAGGCGGAGCUACAGCCGUCGGCCCUCUAGUUGCUAGCAUGGCAUCAGAGGGCAAUGGGAAUGGAAAUGGCACAAGCGACAGCGGAAAUGGCAAUGCCGCCAACGGCGAGAAUGGUGGUGGCAGUCUGCAGGUGACGGAGCAACAGGUGGCCAGGUUGAUGGAGGAGGACAUGGGCACCGCCAUGCAGUACCUGCAGGGCAAGGGGCUCUGCCUGAUGCCGAUCUCUCUAGCCUCGGCCAUCUCCUCCGCCACAUCGUCGUCCCUCCUAUCCCGCCCCUCCAUGGGCACAAUGGGAGGUGCUAGAGGUCCCCUGCACGACGGUGGUAGCCCUGCAUCGCCGCCGCUGGUGAACAGUGGUGCCGGUGGCGAUGAUUCCAGGUCCAUCAAGGAUGCUGGUGCCGGCGGUGGUGGCCGUGGAUGUGAGGAGGAAUCGAAAUUAUUGGUCCAAAGGGAUCAUAUUCAUAUCCCAAGCCCGGGUACAAAUUGA